GUAAUCCCAAACCGGCUGCGAAGCCUCCACUCUCCCACCUACCCAGCCCGAGCUCGAGCGAGGCUGACUCAGCAUGUCCCCUCGACGCCCAGUCCCACCAGAGUCAACUUCCGAAGAGAGAAGGGGCCCGUACUCUGGGUAUUUAUAAGAAUGGAUGCACUGUUUCCUUGCCAGAUUCCUUAUUGCUGUAACUCAUGAACCUGCAUAGUCUUGGGAAUGAACCUAUGUUCAAUGAUGACAAACCUGUCACCAGUAUAGCAACAACAGUCUAACAGCAAAAACAAAAAUUAAAAAGCAUUUAAAUUUAUAUCCCACAAAGAAGCCAUUGUAAUCAACAACUGCUGCAUUAUUUUUCCAAGAUGAACCGGUAUACAACCAUGCGACAGCUAGGAGACGGCACCUAUGGGAGUGUGCUAAUGGGCAAGAGUAAUGAAUCUGGGGAACUGGUGGCCAUCAAAAGGAUGAAGAGAAAGUUCUAUUCUUGGGAUGAAUGCAUGAACUUGAGAGAAGUUAAGUCUCUGAAGAAACUUAAUCAUGCCAAUGUGAUUAAACUAAAAGAAGUUAUCAGAGAAAAUGACCAUCUUUAUUUUAUAUUUGAAUAUAUGAAAGAAAACCUCUAUCAAUUAAUGAAAGACAGGAACAAGUUGUUCCCUGAGUCAGUCAUCAGGAAUAUUAUGUAUCAAAUAUUGCAAGGGCUGGCAUUUAUCCAUAAACAUGGUUUUUUUCAUAGGGAUAUGAAACCAGAAAACUUGCUUUGUAUGGGUCCAGAACUUGUGAAAAUUGCUGAUUUUGGUCUUGCAAGGGAAUUAAGGUCACAACCACCAUACACUGAUUAUGUGUCAACCCGAUGGUAUCGUGCUCCUGAAGUUUUAUUAAGAUCUUCAGUUUACAGCUCUCCCAUUGAUAUGUGGGCUGUUGGGAGUAUAAUGGCUGAACUAUAUACAUUAAGACCACUUUUCCCAGGGACAAGUGAGGUUGAUGAAAUCUUUAAAAUUUGCCAAGUUUUAGGGACUCCAAAAAAAAGUGACUGGCCAGAAGGGUACCAGCUUGCAUCUGCGAUGAAUUUCCGUUUUCCCCAGUGUGUUCCUAUAAACUUAAAAACUCUUAUUCCAAAUGCCAGUAAUGAAGCUAUUCAGCUUAUGAUUGAAAUGUUGAAUUGGAAUCCAAAGAAACGACCAACAGCAAGCCAGGCAUUGAAACACCCAUAUUUUCAAGUUGGUCAAGUAUUAGGCCCUUCCUCACGUCAUCUGGAAACAAAACAAUCUGUAAAUAAGCAGGUACAACUGCUAGAAUUGAAGCCAUCUUUAAUUGAGCUAGAACCUACCCCUCUGCCAGAUGUAAAUGAUCAGACUGCUGGACAGCCCCAGCCAAAAUUUGGCCACCAGCCACUGCAGUUCAUCCAGCCUCCACAGAACACGGGUGUCCAGAAAGCGCCAAAGCAGCAGAGCCAACAGAAACAGCCUCAGACACUAUUUCCAAGUAUCAUCAAAAACAUGCCAACUAAGCCAAAUAGCACGCUGGGGCAUAAAAGCGCUAGGAGGCGUUGGGGUCAGACUGUGUUCAAGUCUGGAGAUAGUUUGGAAGAGUUUGAGGACUGUGACUUUGGAACCUCCCAUUCCAACAAGUCAAGCAUGAAUGUUUUCAAAGAAAAGAGGAGAAAAGAUUCUCCAUUUCGGCUUCCAGAGUCAGUACCGUCAGGCUCCAACCACUUACCAGGAGAAAACAAGAGCUUACCUACUGCUAUUUCCCUAAAAUCUGAUUCUGAAUUGUCAACAGCUUCAACAGCUAAACAAUACUACUUAAAACAAUCAAGAUAUCUUCCAGGUGUAAAUCCUAAGAACGUGUCCUUCAUAGCCAGUGGAAAGGAUAUGAGCCCGUAUACUUGGAAUAAUCAGUUAUUUCCUAAGUCAUUGGGACCCAUUGGUGCAGAACUUGCUUUCAAAAGGCAUAAUGCAGGAAAUCUUGGAAAUUAUGCAACUUACAGUCCGUCAAGAUAUAUUCCUUCCUUUCUCAAAAAAGAAGUGGGGUCAGCUGGCCAGAGGAUCCACUUAGCACCUCUCGGUGCAACAGCUUCAGAUUUUCCUACAGAUGGUGAUAGGAGGAAAGAAUAUACCUGGAACACAAAAACUGGUCGGGGGAAAUGUUCAGGACCUACUUACAAUCCUACAGCCAAGAAUCUAAAUGUUGUGAACCGUGCACAGCCAGUUCCCUCAGUGCAUGGGAGGACGGACUGGGUGGCCAAGUAUGGAGGCCACCGGUAGGAGCCUGGUGCAACAGCCCCCGGGAAACGUCUGCGGAUGUCUGCUACUGAGUUCUGGAAGACAGAUGUAAUAGUGGGCACUUUGAAGAGCAAAAAUCAUUCCCUAUUUUCUUUCCUAGAAAUGAAAUGCAUUUUAUUGGCUUCACUGCCCUUGUAUGGGUAGGACCGACAUUUAGUUAGGACUUUACAAAGUAUUGAAUAAACUAUUUGCCAAAGUAUCAAGUAUUUGAUGUACAAAUUAAUAGAUACUAAGUACAAGAAGCUUUUGUUAAAAAUGCUUCCUGAAGUGUUUAGUGUUUUAGUUUUCAUGUGUUGUAUAUUUGCAUAAACUACUUCAUAUUUCAUCAUUUGGCCUCAGAGGUUUUGUUAUGUUUUUUUUUAUAGCAAUUAGGUAGGCCAUGGAUGAUGCGGGCUGUCAGUUAUAGUUCUUAUUGGCCAAGACUCUGCUCUACCACUUUGGCGAUGGCAGAAGAAUGGUAAUUUAUCAUUUGUGUUUCUAUUUUGAAAUUACAGAAACAAUUAUAAUGCCAAUCUUGAGCAGGAUGUCUUUCUUAGAAAUAAAUUUAUAUUUAACAUAGAUUUAAAUCUAACAUAUGUUAAAUCUUAACAUAUAAAUCUAUAUUUAACAUAGAUAUUUCAAAAUUAUGCCACCUUAUUUUAGUGGGAAAAGAACCUAUUGUUUAAUUUUGACCAGUACAGCUGCUACGAAGUCAUGCUAAACAUCACACUCAAUGGCUUGAUGACUCCCAAAUGAGCCAAGUGAGGGUUCUCCCAUGUUCACAUCAAGAAAGUUCUUAAAACUAUGAUGUGUGUUCACCAGACUUGCAAAACACUUUUGUCUCCCUGCUCCUGCUGGAUGUGUAAGGGUGAGGAUGUCAACUGGAUGCCCAGAGCAGCACAGUGUUGCUGCUGACUGUUGACUCAGCCCUGACCCUCACAUUCGCUCUGAAGAGCAAAUGCAUUCAGCUGCUGUGGCAGUGACUUCACAUAGUACAUUUUUUGUCUUAGUUUUAUUUCUAAAUUGGUAUUUAAAAUAGACAUUUUGAACAGGACAACUCUAAACCUGCCAUUUUAUGGACUGGACAUUAGUACUCUAUAUUCUUUUUAAAGAACAAUGUUAUCAACUGAUAAUUUUAUGUAUUUUAUGACUUUGUAGUAAUUGCUAAUUAAUUGGUAUCAUCUUAUGAACAUUAUCCAAAGGCUUAUUAUAGUAAUAAUAUGGUAUUUUCGUAUAGAAUACUCAGCUCUCCUUGUUGAAAAUUGUUAAAAUCUAAAGAAUGAUUUAUGUUGUUGGUAAUGGUUAUAUUUGUACAGUUUUAUUUGCUGUGUCAAAACUAAAAUUUUUUUUUGUGUUGCUGGGACUGUUUAAACACUGGAUAGAUAUUAAAAUUAAUAUGCUUAACUAGUAUCUUUUCUGUACACUUUUAAACUUUGUACUUAUACUCUGAAGCCUAUUUGUUGUUUUAAUUAGUCAGCUUUGGUUUGUUUGGGUUUUUUUAAAAGCAGUUUUAUGUUUAUGGAAAAAUUGCACGAGAGGUACAGAGUUUCCAUAUUUACUCCCUCAUCACCUCCUCCUCAAAUUUCUUCUAUUAUUAAAUACAUCUUGCAUUA